AUGUCGUCCAUGAAGGCUGACAAUGGCAAAGACCCGCUAGCUACCUCAAAGGUGGAGGCUGACGUUCUCAGGGAAUUCAAAGAGUUCGCUAGGCAACAGCAAAAAAAUGCAAUGGAAGCGAGAGCGCGAAGAGAAAGAAAAAAACUAAAAGAAGACAAAUUGACAGAGUUGAAGAAAUUUGCCCAAAGUUUCAAGUUGGCCACUCCAGUACCAUCGGAUUUGAUCGAUAUUCUUUCAAAGGAUCCUUACAAGCAGCAGGAGAUAAAGGAAAAGGCUAUACGUGACGCAGAGCCUUUCGCGCAUAAGAAAACAGAAGGAGCUGAGACUAAGGAAGACGCCGAACCCGAAAAGCAGAGCCCGCAGCCUCAGAAAAACAGCCAAGUUGUAUACGAGCUCCCACAAUCCAAAUCAUGGGCCGACGUGGUGCGUGGAACGUCUUUGAAAGUCGAUCAGCCUAUUGCACCCAUUUCUAGUCCCAGGAGCAAUAAUCCGACAGCAAGCGUCUAUUCUUCGUCCCUUAGUGGCUUCACGAGGAGUACUGAGGCAACGCAAACGACAACGUUGACUUCGGUAUCUAGUCGGUCUAAGACUGUUCAUCCCAACCAAAUUGGAAACCCAUAUCCUGGCCUGGCACUCCUCUGGGAUAUUCAAGAAGUUGGAGAAGAUCCACCACCUGUACUGGGCCGGCAAAAUGUGGGACAAUCAUUACAGGAUGAGCCCUAUGAUAAGGAUGACGAAUCGCUCAUUUCGCAAACAUCAACGACCUACACGCCAGAGCAGAAAGAUGAUGUCAUUGUGAGAUUCUCGCAAGCCAUGCUCAAAGGCCUCCACUCUCAUGUCAACUAUGGUGCAGCAAAUAAGUCGUCAAGGCAACAUGUCCUUGCACAUCUCGGAUCGGCUUUGAGGACAUUUGCUGAAGCUGUUGAGGCGGAUACGCCAGAAGGAACACAAGCAAAGGCGAGAAAAAUGGUGCGAAGGCUGAGGUCUGAGAUUGCUCGCAAUUUUCAGGAUCGAGUCCUUAGGGACGACCAAGUUCAAGAAAGCAAUCGCAUAGUGAUCAAUCUAACCGAAAGGGAAGAAAUGGGCGCUGCUGAGAAGAUAAACCGCUGGAAUAUACCGUGGCCUGAUCCGGAUUUCCAUGCUGGGUGGCAAGCUGGACCAGAUAUACAGCCGAAGCACCAGCACCAUUCAGAGCGAUCUACGAGCUUCCCUACACGGUCAGAGAGCUCCGUGGGGCAGAGCGAUGUAGAAGUGUCACCUCGUGAUACCACGCCGAUAUAUGGGACAUCUAUCAAUCCAAUUGAAGUCAUGAAGCACUUUUCAACGCAUCCAGCGUUUGAGGAGCUCCUUGAAACUACGCGGAAGCUCUUUGAACGAUUUCACAGUCAAAAAAUGGAUUUGGUACGCCAACGCACGUCCCUCUCAAUUCGUCGCCAGUUGGGAAAACAGCGAAGCAAUAACAGCGUCGCGAUCUUCAACCUCGAUUGGGACCUACACAGUUUCUUAAUCGCAAAUUAUAAUGAUGGCGCGUAUCAAAAUAUUGAUAAGAUACUUGCUGUCACCGGUACAAUGGGAAAUGCACAGCUUUGCUCGGUUGGUCAAUACUUUGCGUGGGCCUGGCCAGGUUACGAAUUCCAGCUGUUGGAGGAACUACAGUCAACACUGUGUGGUUCUACAGGCAAAAUAACAGUCGAUGGAGCCGAAGAUUUCAUCAUUGCUAUUGCGCAGCAGCUCUCUUGGUUGAUAGCAGUAUGCCAAGAAAAGCAGGACCAGCUUUCUCAUGCCUACGUGGGCUUCUUUGAGGCGAAUAGUGCCAAAACAAAUGCAAUCGCCACCUUCGACAUCGAUGUUCAACUCGAAGUUGCAUCGAUUCAGCCCAGUGGCAGUUGCUGGAACACGAUAGUCGGACCCGCGGUUAUUGUUGCUGGGUUUCCCCUCCCUGAGCGCCAUCACAAUGAACAGGGGCUUGAGAUGUCGAUCCCUGUGAUGGCGGCUCUUGCGGACACUCCCCAGGCUGUCAGCUACAGAGGUGGUUUUGUUUUCAAGGCCAGACACCACGCUCUCGUCCCAAUCGAGGACUUUGGGUCGUCUAUACAAUGGCAUUUGAUAGACACCUAUCCUGAGAAGCUUGAGUGGACUCAUAUCGACAGAGCAUGUCCUAAAAGACUUAGAGGCACGGUGAACAAGGACUUUUGGAAUCGCCGCUCAUUUCUCGGGUGGUGUCCGCAAGUCCUAGAGCUUCUGGCGACAUCGAGCUUCAAUCAUGCGUCUGUACAGUACUCCAAGGCUGCGAAACCUCCAAGAUGGGCCCAGAUUGAUAAAUUCAUCAUUGGGUUUAGCCAGUGGGGAACAGCUACUGCCCAAGUAACUUUCGGCAAGAAAGAUGGUUUUCGGAGCUUGCGACCUGAUGAUUACGAAACGCUCCUUGACGAUGCUAAGGAGACUCAAGUCAUUUUACACGACACGACUCACCAACGCGCUUUUCAAACUAAUGCGGAGGAUCUGAUUCUUAACAUUCUUCUCCAUCGACAGAGUUUGCGUCUAUCAGGACAAUCACGAAACCCGACAGAGAAGAAUGCAGUGGAUAUCAUCCAUGGUGCAGAUAUCAGCAGACAGAAAACCUCAACCCGUGCUGCUAUGCUUAACAACGCCGAGAAGGUCCUUUCUUUCAGAACAUCCAUGUCCAAUACUAAAAAGGAAGAAAACCGGUUUAAAUACGAAGUGAAACUACUUUACUCGAUGGUCGAUGGGCUCUGGGCCCAGUCAUAUGCAGGUGAUAGCACAGCAGUAAAGCUCGGCGUCAAGUUGGGACAGAAUGUCACUGGAUGGGAGUACAUGGAUGUUGUCAACAAUGUCAAAGUGAUAUUGCCCAAGUCAGUUGACCUGGAAAAGUCAUGCGGGCGCUGGAACGACUACGCAGAAGACAUCCAAGCCCUUGUGCUAUUCGGAGGUGAUUUUGGAGAUAUUCUCACACCGGGAUCAUCCAAGUUGUGCUUAAAUUACAAAUGCCUGCCAAGAGAUAAGUGCUACUUGGGUGUUCGAGUAGAUGCACUCCAGUGGCUCUUUGAUCGGCAGGGGUCAUUACAAGACCAAAAGAAACUCUCGCCGUCUGGCCUUACACUACAGGGAUCGCAAGAUCUAUUCAGACCAUGCGCGGGCAUAUGCUCCAAUCAUGUGGUGCGCAUCGUGAAACACUCAAAAGGCCAUUGCCCACUGCCUCUUGAGAAGAAUGGUGCAAUCAUCAUGGGCGACCCUAGAGUGAGUUUUCUCCCCAACAUGUUUGGCAAGAAUCAGCAACCGCAAAAGAAACCUUCUCGAGCUCAGCGCCAAGAACGCCAGGCCUUGUACCGUACAGAAAGGAAGACAGCCCCGAUAACAGCUGAACAAUCUUCAAGGCCUAACAACAUCAGAGAAUACGAAAAGGAGAAGGCCAAGAUAUGA